GAGCGGGAGCCGGCGGCGGCGGCGACGGCGGCGGCGGCGCGGCGGCGAUGGACGAGUCGUCGCUGCUGGACCUGCUGGAGUGCUCCGUGUGCCUGGAGCGGCUGGACACCACGGCUAAGGUGCUGCCGUGCCAGCACACCUUCUGCCGCCGCUGCCUGGAGAGCAUCGUCAGCUCCCGCCACGAGCUGCGCUGCCCCGAGUGCCGCAUCCUGGUGGGCUGCGGCGUGGACGAGCUGCCCGCCAACAUCCUCCUCGUCCGUCUCCUGGACGGCAUCCGCCAGCGGCCCCGCGCCGCCGGGGGCGCCAGCGGCAGCCCCAGCGCCGCGGCCCCCGCGUACCCCCAACCCGCCGCCGCCCCCAGCGCCGUCGCCGCCGCCGCCGCCUCGGCCGCCGCCAGCCUGAGGGAGCUGGCAGCCGCCAGCCGCAGCGCCCUGCUGGGAAAGAGUGCUUCUCAGCUUCCCUACGGCAAAGCUCUCUAUACAUACGAGGGAAAGGAGCCUGGAGACCUCAAGUUUAACAAAGGGGACAUCAUCAUACUGCGGCGGAAGGUGGAUGAGAACUGGUAUCACGGGGAGCUCAAUGGCAACCAUGGCUUCUUCCCCGCCAGCUACAUCCAGUGCAUCAAGCCACUCCCUCAAGCUCCACCUCAGGGCAAAGCACUUUACGACUUUGAAAUAAAGGAUAAAGAUCAAGACAAGGAUUGCCUGACCUUCACCAAGGAUGAAAUUUUGACAGUCAUCAGGAGGGUAGAUGACAACUGGGCAGAAGGAAUGCUGGGCGACAAGAUUGGUAUUUUCCCUAUCCUCUAUGUUGAGCUCAACGACUCUGCCAAGCAGCUCAUUGAGAUGGACAAGACUUGCUCAGCAGCUGCCGCUGGCUGUGAGGCACCACCAGAUCCAGCUGCAGCAGUGGGGCUGGGGCCGUGUCCCACACCAAGCAGUGCGGGGGCAACAGCAGCAGCUUCACGACCAGUGGAGGGCAAGAAGAAUGCCAAGAAGCGGCACUCCUUCACCGCCCUCAGCAUGACCCACAAGUCCUCCCAGGCUGCCAGCAACCGGCACUCCAUGGAGAUCAGCGCUCCCGUCCUCAUCAGCUCCAGCGACCCACGGGCAGCUGCUAGGAUUGGGGACCUAGCACACCUGUCCUCCAGUGCUCCUGCCCAGGAUUCCUCCUCAAUUGGAACAGCCACGGUGGCUGGUCCCAGGACAAGUGCAAUAAUUGGAGAUCAGGGAGUACCACCGAAGGUCCAGCUCCCCCUCAAUAUCUACCUGGCCCUGUAUGCCUACAAGCCCCAGAAGAAUGAUGAGCUGGAGCUCCGCAAGGGCGAGAUGUACCGGGUAAUUGAGAAGUGCCAGGAUGGCUGGUUCAAGGGGACGUCUCUGAGGAGCGGCAUGUCUGGGGUCUUCCCAGGGAACUAUGUGACACCUGUUUCCAGGGUGCCAGUGGGAGCCGGGCAGCCCAGGGCCAGCGCAGCCGGGGGAGCUCAGGCCCCGAAAGGAGCCCCUGGAUCCAUCCACCCUGUUGGGGCCGUGCAUGCCGCCGCCGCCACAGCUGUCAGGCCAGCCGUCCCCAUCACAACUCCUCAGACACAUCCCCAGCUACAAGCAGCCUCUCCACAGCUGAACAACUGCCUGAGGUACUCGGCACAGCAGCCCGCCAACCAGACCCGCAGCGCCAUGCAGAUGGCUCACCCCCCGGUUCCAGCGCCGGAGCGUCCCACCGCCACGGUCUCACCGCUGCGGACGCCCAGCUCACCCUCCCGCCUGCCGGCUACCACCAUCCGGCCUCACUCUGCCAUCUCCCCGCAGCACAGCCACCAGCCACCCACGCCGGGGGCCCGGCCCCUCAUCCCCCUCACCUCUGCCGCAGCUGCCAUCACACCGCCCAACGUCAGCGCAGCCCACCUCAAUGGUGAGGCAGGCAGCGGACCUCUGGGUGGCCCUGCAAGCCCCAGCACUGCUGGCAAGGCCGAAGAGAGGAAAAACGAGAAGAAGGAGAAGAAGAGCGGGCUGCUGAAGCUUCUAGCAGGAGCAUCAACAAAAAAGAAGUCGCGUUCACCACCAUCCGUGUCUCCCACACACGACCCACAGGCGGCCAUUGAAGGAGUCCUCCAAGGGGCAGUGGGACCAGAGCUCUCCUCUCUCUCCAGCCACGGCAGGGCAGGCUCAUGCCCUAUCGAGAGCGAAAUGCAAGGAGCAAUGGGGCUGGAGCCUCUGCACAGGAAAACAGGCUCCUUGGAUUUGAAUUUUUCCAUCCCUUCUCCUGCCAGGCAGCCCCUCUCUUCCAUGGCAGCUAUUCGGCCAGAGCCCAAGCCUUUGCCUCGAGAAAGGUACCGUGUCGUGGUCCCCUACCCGCCGCAGAGCGAGGCCGAGAUCGAACUGAAGGAGGGUGACAUUGUGUUCGUGCACAAGAAGCGGGAGGACGGCUGGUACAAAGGGACGCUACAGAGGAAUGGCAGGACGGGACUCUUCCCCGGGAGCUUUGUGGAGAGCUUCUGAGGACGGAUCGCCGCUCUUUGGACUGGAGGAGCUUUCAGGGGAAACUGCAUAGCACAAGAAGAGACCGCAAAGGGAAACUGGACUGAUAACCACUGCCAUUUUUAUUUCCAAAGACUUCCCCCAGGCCCUUCAGUCCACAGCUUCGGAGACACAGCACUCCACUGUGCUUCUGGAAUCGCGCGGUGCACACGGUGGUAUGUUGAAGUAGUGCCUUCCACCUGGAAUCACGGACUGAAAGGACGCCCACACGGACUGUACGUAGCCUAAACUCCGGCUGUUAACCCUUUGUGUAAAUUAUAGAGAAAAUAUCUUUAAAAAAAAAAAAAAAAAGAUUAAGAGGAAAGUUGUUAUAUUGCUGUAACUUAUUUGUCAGAGCUGCAGUGUUCUUAUUACUGGCCUAUGCAAGAUGGAUUUGAGAGUUCACGGAGGUGUGCUAGGAAGCUCUUGAACUGGGAUUUUGUUUUUCCUGAGGGGAAAAGAGGGUGGGGAGGGUGGAGAAAACCCCGGCUAAAGAAUCACGUGUCGUCAUGCAAGAGAGAGCGAGGAGCCCAAAACGUUAACGUCAUGCUUUCUAUAUACCUCAGAGAUAUGCUGCGUGAGUUUGUCAGUAGGUGUGUCAGUGCUCAGAGUCCCCGUCACACGCUGUGUCCCAGUGCUACCGCCGGGCGGAUGUUGGAGGAAGCACAGCUCCACCAUCAAACUGUGGUUAUUCCAGCAGAAUCCCUUUUGCCUGUCUUCUGCCCUUAUUAUAUGCAGCAUGGAUUUUUGUCCUUCAGUAUCACUUCCCAUCGCUUUUUUGUAUGACGUACCUUUUUACUGUAAGAAUUGUUAUACUUUAUAUAUAUUCCUAUUAGAUCAAGACAUUUCCUCUUUUUCAUACAUCUGGUGCUAUUUUUUUUAACUGUUAAAGAUUCGGUUUGGUUAAACAGAGAGGCUGCAACAAGAUUUGCGUUCAGCAUACGAAAUUAGAAGUGUACCUGAAGAUCGAGUUCAGACUGUUCAUGCUUCAUAGAGGAAAAGAGAAAAAGCUGCUUGGUCACUGGUAAAUAUCCUGGGAGCGACAUGCCCGUGCACCGUGCGCACGUGCGCUCCCUCCUGCGUCUUUGUAGUAUCUGAAGACCCAUGCUGAAACACAGCGUUCUGUCUGGAGAGUGAUAAUGACUCCAGAAUUGGAAGUAAUUCCUAAAGGAGUCAUUUUAAUGAACUUUUUCAUGGCAAUAAGAAGAACACUGCAGGUUCUAGCUUGUGCAGGGACCGUGGAAUUUUCCUCUGUCAUUGCAUCAUGGAGAUGAGAGCUGAUCUGUGGCGGCUGUAAUGAGCAUUAUCAAAAUGUGAUUUCUUACUGUAGAAAUGUACAGUUUUGGAGACUGUUCAAUUUCUUAUAAUGGUCAAGCUACAAUACAAACCGUAUCAGGCAAUAUAAGCUUCCAUCUACCAGGGACUUAAAGGUGCAAUAAGUGUAAAGCAAGUUCAGUCAGUUAUUCCUACAAAUGAGAAAAGUUCAAUAAUGCAAUUGUGAGAGUACUUAAAAAGAGCUCAGCUCUUGCUGAAUGAAACGUGAUGAAAGAAUUUUCUUAACUGUAUCUGUACCUUGGCUGUUGGCCAGGGCCAACAUGUGGUGGUCAUUUAGGAGCAUGUUGGAGGCACUGUAACCUGGAGAUGAUCUUAUUAAAAGGAAGAGGCCCAGUGGGUGAACAUCGUUACUGCGUUGACAGUACUUCAUAUGCGAAGGUGUAAGUUUUGUUUUCGUUCAAGCCAUGUCUUCUAGUACGUAUCAAAAACCAUAUCCGUGAACGUUCCCAUUUAAGUUCAGCUCUGUGACUUUGUUCUCUGCAAAAACAAGUUUCUUCUCGCUGUCACACGUAACAAACAGAUCCCAGAAACGCAGUCCAUGGCCAAGUAUAGCACCUUCAAACAGGGAGGCAUUAUUUUCGGGGUGUUUCUUUUUAUAUUUAACAUUGCCGCAUUUGUUCGUAUUCCAGUUUGUAAUGAGUCAGCCACUAAAAGUUUAGUUACUGUUGAGAGGAAAUUGCCUUUUUUAACCAAUAGGAGAUUGAAGAAACGUCUUCUGGAAAGACUUCUUUGAGAAUAGAGCCAUAUCUGUCCAUCUGUUUGGUCCAUAUCAGAACCGGUAUCACUGCACCUCAAGCAGGACUGCACAGUUAGCAAGUCAAAAAUGUCAGAACGAGUCUUAUUGAUUCUAAUGAAAAUUCUGGGUUAGCUCUGCCAGACACAAGGAGAUUUUUCUGACAGCUUAUAGUGGUUAACGUUCUCUUAAAAUUCUGUUCCAUGGGUGUAUUUACUACACGCAGAAAAACGAAACAGGAUGAUGGCUUGGUUGCUGCCUGUCGUGUUUAGCCAGAUCUAAAAUGGGUCCAGAUUUCCACCUUUGAAUGCUUAACAGGAUGAAAGUUGAUAUGUGAGAAGAUAAAGGAAAACACACAGAUGUUGUGUCAUGAAAUCAGCGCUUUAAAUUAUGUUUUGCAAGGGAGAUGUUGUUUUUCUAAUGGGCAGCAAUCCUUGCGGUCAUACCUCCUGCAAAGAAAAGUAUUUGCCGGGGGGAUUUGGUUUGAUAACAGCUGUUUCUGGCCCCUGUUUACUGCAUAUCAUCACACUUUGGGUUACUGAGUAAUCUUCUUGGACAAAUCACUCCCAUGCAAGGAGCACAAGUGCAGAACACAAUGCAGAUCGGUGAUACAGAAAAGUGAUCCAGAGCCACUUGGAAAGCCCUGGACUGAGAGAAGCUUGAUGUGUGCUGUGGUCUCACUUCCACCUGUUAUACAAGGGAAAGGGGAAAGAGAUCUGCAUCUCCUACAACAGGAGAACAAAGAGAAGAAUCCCUCUGGCAGCCUCAGUUCGUAAAACACCAGGUUCGCUGUUUUAGAAGUGCGUUUGAGUAAUUGAACAAUCCCUUUGAACUUUGCACAGCUCAGAAAAUGUUUUUGUUAUACAUGAAUGUUAACGUGAUUUAGGAAAUGUUGGCGGAUAUGAGUACAAAUGAACUACAAUGACUGUGUUUCUGAUUCUUUAAGUAAAAUAAACAUUAAGGCAACUUGA